AUAAUAGACAACAUAUCCCAUACUCAGCGAUCAAAUCCCCCAUCCCACCUUUACCUAAAAUAAAAGAAAUCCCAUAUAACAAGCAUCCUAUAAUUUGACCAAACAAUUAUUAUAUAGAUUGAAAUUCCACCCGCCAAAACCCACAUCCUAUCACCUUCCUCCACGUCUGCAUAUUACUACCAGAAAACCACGCAAUCUUAAUCCAACAAACUCAUCAUUAAUUAAAUUUCCCAUUAAUCCCACUAUUCAUCCUCAACCAACAUAAAGCAUAAAAAAAAAAAACACACAUCCCACAAAAAUUAAUCAACUUUAUCCCACAAAAAAAUCAAUCAGAGAUGAUAAAUCAAACGGCGGAGGAAGACCAAUCAACCGUGAUCAACCGGAGAAUCCAACGGUUGAGAUUACACCUGAAUCCAAUCAUCAGCAACAAUGAAAUAAUGGCAGUAAUGGAGGUGGAGAAAUGCAGGGGAGGAGAGAGAAUGAAAAAGGCAGCCAUGGAAGUAAAAACAGAAGCUUUAUCAGACUAUAUGAGAGGAAAAUACAGAGAUAUUCAAGAGAAAGUUUAUGAAUAUUUUAAUAAAAGGCCUCAACUUCAAACCCCAAUUGAAAUUUCAAAAGAUAAUCAUAGAGAAUUAUGUUCAAAUCAACUUCUGGGUUUAGUUAGAGAAGCUAAUAUUCGACCAUUUAAAUAUGUUGUUGAAGAACCUGCUAAGUAUUUUGCAAUUCUUGAAGCUGUUGGUGGGAUUGAUAUGUCUCUUGGGAUUAAAAUGGGUGUUCAAUACAGUUUAUGGGGAGGUUCAGUGCUGAAUUUGGGUACUAAAAAGCAUAGAGAUAAAUACUUUGAUGGGAUUGAUAAUCUUGAGUAUAUGGGUUGUUUUGCUAUGACCGAACUUCAUCAUGGCUCAAAUGUCCAGGGCCUUCAGACAGUUGCAACAUUUGAUCCCUUCAAAGAUGAAUUUGUCAUAGACACACCUAAUGACGGUGCCAUUAAAUGGUGGAUUGGAAAUGCAGCUGUUCACGGCAAAUUUGCAACAGUCUUUGCAAAGUUAAUGUUGCCAACUCAUGAUACAAAAGGUAUUACCGAUAUGGGUGUCCAUGCCUUUAUUGUCCCCAUUAGAGAUUUGAAAACUCAUGAGGUUCUCCCUGGGAUUGAAAUACAUGAUUGUGGUCACAAGGUUGGCUUAAACGGGGUGGAUAAUGGAGCUCUGAGAUUCCGCUCAGUCAGAAUCCCCCGAGAUAAUCUUCUGAACCGUUUUGGAGAUGUUUCCCGUGAUGGCAAGUAUACAAGUAGUCUACCCACCAUCAAUAAACGGUUUGCAGCCACCUUAGGGGAACUUGUAGGAGGAAGAGUCGGUCUUGCUUAUUCUUCAGUUGGUGUGCUUAAGAUUGCAUCUACUAUAGCGAUUAGAUACUCUCUUUUAAGACAACAGUUUGGGCCUCCAAAGCAACCAGAAAUCAGUAUUCUCGACUAUCAGUCUCAGCAGCAUAAGCUGAUGCCAAUGCUGGCAUCAACCUAUGCCUUCCACUUUGCAACAUUGGAUCUGGUAGACAAGUAUUCCCAGAUGAAGAAAUCUCACGAUGAGGAGCUUGUGGGUGACGUUCAUGCUCUUUCAGCAGGUCUGAAGGCGUAUGUGACAUCAUAUACAGCAAAGUCGAUAAGUAUCUGCAGGGAAGCUUGUGGAGGGCAUGGUUAUGCUGCUGUCAACAGAUUUGGUAGCUUAAGGAAUGAUCAUGACAUAUUUCAGACAUUUGAAGGAGAUAACACAGUGCUCCUGCAACAGGUCGCAGGGGACCUUUUGAAAAGGUACCAAGAGAAGUUCAAAGGGGGUACUUUCACAGUGACAUGGAACUACUUGAGGGAUUCAAUGAGUGCAUAUCUUUCUCAGCCAAAUCCUGUGACUGCUCGUUGGGAAGGAGAAGAGCAUCUUAGAGAUCCACAGUUUCAGCUAGACGCUUUCAGGUAUCGAACCUCAAGACUUCUCCAUAGUGUUGCAAUGCGUCUAAAUAAGCAUUCCAAAACUCUUGGUAGUUUUGGUGCUUGGAACAGAUGCUUAAAUCACCUUCUUACACUAGCAGAAUCUCACAUCGAAUCUGUCAUACUUGCCAAAUUUAUUGAAGCUGUGAAAAGCUGCCCUGAUGAGAGCAGUCGUGCUGCCUUAAAACUUGUCUGUGAUUUAUAUGCAUUGGAACAUAUCUGGAAUGACAUAGGAACAUAUCGCAAUGUGGAUUAUGUAGCUCCCAAUAAAGCUAAGGCAAUCCAUAAGCUGGUAGACUACCUUAGUUUUCAAGUAAAGAAUAUAGCGAAGGAGCUAGUCGAUGCAUUUGACCUUCCAGAUGGUGUUACUCGUGCCCCCAUAGCAAUGCAGAAGGAAGCUUAUUUACAGUAUACACAGCAUGUUGGAUUCUAAAUCUGGAUACAGGGAUUGCAGAAUUGAUCUUUUAUGGGACAUUUAGAAAGCAGAGAAAAUAUUAAUGACACAUUUCUCAGUUACAUCCUCUUUUUCAAUUCACUUUUUUCAUUGUGGGUGAAGGGUUGAUACAGCAACCGAUUAUGGCUGUAAAGACAUUAUAGCUUGUAUUUGGCUCGGUUCAAAUGUAUGUUGAAUUGUAGAUUAUCUGCUUAAGCUAUCUGUGAUUGGCAUAUUGAAAUUUGGUUAAUUUUUUGUUCAUGAAUUUUAUGAAAAUUAGUUUCUUCAA